AUCUUGACCAUUUUUUUUUUUUUUUUAAUAAGUAGCAUGCAGAGUAGAAUGAGAUUUUAGAAGUAAUGCCGCCAAAUCUACAUCAUACCUACCAUCUUGUUGUCUGCCAUUUUUAAUUUCAUUAUUAUUCACCAAUACUUUGACACCUCUCACAGUUGUUUUUUUAUGUUAGAUAGUUCAUUCUUCAUUGAAUGAAACAAAAGUUCUAUUUCUGUUAGUAACACAUUGAUACGCGUGUUAUUAAUAUUUAUCCCAAUGAAUUUCAUACACAUUUAGCUAUAAUUUAAGUUGUGUGGUGUGUAGUCGACGACUAAUUAAUUUAAACGCAAGUGAAAAAAAGUUCGUAGGAUGAUAUACCAUUAACAUUGCCACUAUUAAACAGGCAACAAUGUAUUUCAAGAAAGGACGAUAGCAAAUAUGUACUGCAUAUUGUUUAUGAUAUUGUUCGUAACAGUGCUAGCAUCAAAUCAAAGCAUCGAUAUCGUGUACUGGGAAAUUAAGCCAUAUAUAUUCAGAAAUGAAAACGGAGAUAUGGACGGUUUAUUUCCAAGAAUUUUUAAAGCUACAGAAAACCUAUGCGCAAAUGGAACACGAGUUUUUAAGUAUGUCAAGAAAUUGCCAGACAGAAAUUCGUUUAUAAAUUUGAUCAAAAAAAAUGCAACUAAAGAACAGAUAUCAGCGUACGGAGAAAACGAGCUUAAAAAUGUGACACUUCAAAAUUCAUUCUGGGUCCCGUUUUAUGCAGAUAAUGUAAUUUUAAACUCCUUAUUAGAAAAAGCGCCGCUUAUGAAAUUUGCUUUUUUCACUUGUAGAAGUUUAGCAGUUGUUAUGUCCCAAAGUAAGAUAUCAUUGCCAGCAAAGAUCUUGCAAGGUAUUACAAGCUGUAGAAGCCUUAUAAUUUAUUCCGUUUUAAUUAGCAUUAUAUUUGGCAUAAUUAUAUGGGCAUCAGAAAUGCUGUAUGGAGGUGACUUUGGCAAGUCAUUUAUCACUGGAGCAAGCCAGGGAGUAUGGUGGUCAUUUGUUACAAUGACCUCAGUGGGUUAUGGUGAUUUGGUGCCACGUUAUGUGAUUGGAAGAACCAUCAGUGGUGUAUGGACAUUAUUUGGAGUUGCCAUGAUUUGUGUCAUGACAGCUACCAUUACUGACAACAUUUCUGGUACUUCUUCUCUAGACAUAUAUGGAAAGAAAGUAGCUGUUUUAAGUGACUCACCUGAAGCACUGAUAGCUAAGGAUGAUUACGAAGCUGACAUAAUAACAGCCGAUUCACUGGAUGCUGUAUUUGAUUUAAUUCGAAAAGAUAAAGCUGAUGCAGCUCUAAUAAAUAUUCAUGUAGCGUCAUGGAAUCAAGAUGACAUUAGAAAUCACAAACAACCGCUGCAUGUUGUAUACACCAUAAACAAGCCAGUGUCAAUAAAUGCACUCUUCGGAUUAAGCAAAACUGUAACAAGUCUUCUCAAUUGCUCAACUUUUUCUGGAUUAGACAUUUUUACAGAAGCAGAAAAUUCUAUCGUGCGGUAUUGUAAGACGAUUACGAUUUACCGUGGGUCAAUAAAAGAAUUUUUUAAAGAGAGCAUCUAUAUGCAGAUAUUGCUGGGUCUCACGAUAUUUUUGGUGGUUGCUGGCUGUAUAUACGAAACUAUAAGGAUUACAUUGUUCCAAAAGAACGUUGUCUCAAACGCAGAGUCUAAAACAGACGAAGAAAUUUAUCGUAAUGUGUUAAAAACUUCAUUUAUCGAAAUUAGGAAACUGAGCAAGGAGAUUGAUUAUUUAAAAGAUGAUGUUGCAUCAAUGAGACGUGCACUGAACUGUUAAGAAUUGGACAGUAUUUAUAAAAACUUAAUUUGAAAAGAUUUUUAUAUACCCUAAAAUAAAUUAGUCUUACUUUGUGAUCUUACUUUCGAAACAAUUUUGGUGCCAUACUCGACACCCAGGAAGUAAAAAUUUAAUACAAGAUAACUAUAUCACACACCCAUGUCAACUGUUUACAACUGUGUAAUGUAAGCGUCGUGUGUGUUCUCGUUGUCCAGACGUGUUUUAAAUACAAUUGCUCAAUAAAUCCGGUAUAAAACAACACAGUUAAAAAAUCAAUCGUAAGUGACGGGUACGUGUAACUAACUGAUCGUACAUCCGGUUAGGGUUCAGGUUUGAGGAGAGUGUCAGAUGGAACAAUAAUGAUUCUUGUGACAGUGAAAAUGAUUGAUCCUUGUGCUUACGGUUAGAGGAUUAUUAAUAAUUAUUAUUAAUAAUUUUAUUUCUUUCGAAAAUUUUACUUUUUUCGCCCAUUUCGUGAUAUUUAAUGGUCGCCAAAUAUUUAAGGCCCUUGAAUAUGACGAAAAUAGUUUCCUCGAAUUCUUUUUUUCUGGUAGUCACAAUUUGCGAAAAUUUAGCGAUAUUUUAAGAUUGACUUUCAUAGAGCCGUUAAUUUUUUUAAAAGUAAGUAGCAAUUUACAUACUGAAAAAAUACAUUUUUGUUAGGGACAAUAUGUAAUAUGACAAUAUGUAACCCACGACUUUCGCGGCGGCCAAUUAGUGACCGGAAAAAUUAAUUUCCGCGAUGUUUCAUCUGUUCACCUU